AUGGCAGAACCACUUAGAGCGCGCUUCUACUUUCUGAGGUCCGAUGGCUGUCCAGUUCCACUCAUAGCUAUGGACGAGGUACCUCAAAGCAUCCAGAUUGAAGGCGUUCCCAGAAUUUUGAGUGUUGAGGACAUCGCCCAGACCAACAUGGUCGCUGCACCAGGCAAACACGAAGCAAGACACGAACUCCACCGCAUCAUCGACAUAAACAAGAAUUCUGCUCUCUCUGCCUUUAACCAGAGACAAUCUCAUGACUGCUUAAAUCCAGCAGCUGCAGAAUUCGUUGGGAGCAAGACACAACCUCCGGCUGCGGACACCGAUUUGACGGCUCCAGGAAAGUCUUAUGGUGUCGCAGGGCAAAAACCUGGAAGCACAGGAUUUCAGCCUAUAUCUACUCCUGUCAACGAGCAGUCUGAGGAACCAUUCAGCAAAUUCGGACCACUUUCGCAAUGGCAAAGCAUGUCUGAUAGUGACUCACGGCUACCUCCGAAAGGCAAGAAGGUGUAUUGCUCUCACUGGAUGAGCACUGGAGAGUGCGACUACGCCCAGCAAGGAUGUCUGUACAAGCAUAUAAUGCCAUUGGACUUGGAUACACUUAACCACCUAGGAUUCCAGGACAUUCCAAAAUGGUUCCGAGAGAAGCACGGUAUUGGUAGAAUGAACGCUGUUCCCGGAAGUGGUGCUCAUUAUCGAAGCUUCUCGCCAUCGCCUUCCCCAAUGCAAGCCAAUUGGAGAACUGGUGCACGAAAUGGCCGAGCUUCUAUCCCUACUCCAAUGCUUCGAGCCGUCAACUCCUCCCUCCAUCAGCUUCGAAGCGGCCCAAACAGAGCUCUCAUCACUGCUGCACCACGACCACUUCAUGCCAAAACCCAGCCAAACCUGCUUGACCUAGAAUCAAGACCUCCUACCCCAGCUGCUACCAACAAGCCAGUGAACGGUCUACUGAACAGCAAGUUCGCUCCACUGAAACCCGCUCCGGGCCCUGUUGGCGAUACUGACCGCAAAAGCUUUUCAUCUGCGUCGACUACGUCAGACACUGGUCGUUCGGUCUCAAGCAAUAUUGCUGAAUCUGGCAGCUCUACGCCCACGUCGGCGGGUUCAGAUGACGCCUCAGCUCACUCGAAAGAACAGCAGACCCUUCAGCCUUCCGAAGGUCUUCAGAAAUGGCAAGCUUAUGCAGAUGCAAGUCAUUGCGAUAGUACAACGUCGAGAAGAGACUCCGUCGCCACUGACUACGAGACAGGACUCGUCCGUGAGCAGGAGGAACAAGAUGCACGAGAAGCAGCAGCAGAUGCAGAGAGCGAGGCACGUGCCACAAGUCAGCAAGAGCAAGCCAAUUUGAACAAGAUGCAGGAACAGGCUCUUGCUCAAGCAAAGUCCACACUCCGAGGUCGAGCGGAUGUUCGCGAGGCUGACAAAAAGCAAGCUCCUCUGUCUGCACCUGCGAAGCAUGGUACUCGAGUUGGACCUGCUCGAACUAAGAGUCGGCGAAUCUAUUCGAAGAAGGUCGAUGCUGGUAAGAAAGACGAGGCCUAG